AUGACUAGGGGAUUCGCAACCAUCUCGCCCGAGUGCGAGACCGUCUUUGAUGAGGUCAAAGAGACCGACAACCUUGAUUACGUCAUUUAUGAAGCUUCCGCACACGACAAGAAGAUCACCGUCAACAAAUCCGGCAAAUACAAGGAAUACUCAGAGCUCCUUGCCAACUUCAAGGAUGACACUCCUCGAUAUGCCGUCGUCGACUUCAAGUACGAUUCUCCCUCUGGCGAUGGUCAGCGACACAAGCUCGUCUUCAUCACGUGGGUCCCGGAGGGCGCGAGCAUUCAUGACAAGUCAUACUACACCACCAACAAGGACCACCUAUUCCGGGCGCUCUUAGACAUUAGUAUCCAUGUGCAGGCACACACCCAGGCGGAGCUGGCUCACGCAGCAAUUAUGAGCCAAUUCAAGGUCCUCUGA